AUGGCGUACACGAAGGAGAAGCUCGGGGAAACCCCCUCGGAACUGCACGCCCUCCGCGUCCGCGGUUACCGGCUCGGGGCAGAACUGGGCGCAGGGGCGUUCGGGAGGGUCAGGAAGGCCUUCUACAUCGAGGAAGGGAAGGAGGCCUUCCACACCCAAAACGGGAAGGAGGUGGUGCUGGCGGUCAAGAUCAUCGAUAGGGUCAGGGCGUCGAGGGAAUUUGCGGCCAAGUUCCUCCCGAGGGAACUCCAGUGCGUGGAGAGGCUCCGGCACCCGUUCGUCGUGCGGACGCACAGCAUCGUCGAGAGGGGGAGCAAGGUCUUCGUCUUCAUGCAGUACUGCGACGGGGGGGACAUGUACCGAUUCCUCGAGAGACUAACCGGUCCGCUGCCGGACCGUCACGCCAAGUUCUGGUUCGGCCAACUCAUCUCCGGCGUGAAGUACCUGCACGAAGAGCUGAAAGUGUGCCACAGGGACCUCAAGUGCGAAAACCUCCUGCUGACCCGCGGAUUGAACGUGAAGAUCGCGGAUUACGGAUUCUCCAGGGACAUCGCGGAGGACGCGAGCCGGACCUUUUGCGGAUCCCCGGCGUAUUGCGCGCCGGAGAUCCUCAUGCACAACGCGUACCGCACGCCCAUCGCCGACGUCUGGUCCACCGGGGUCAUCCUCUUCGUCAUGGUCCAGAACUCCCUGCCCUUCUCAGGGCCAGGGGUGAAGGGUCUGACUUUGCACCAGUUGACGAGGCGGAUGGAGUGGAUCUCGCCCGUCUCCCCCGUCUGCAAGGACUUGAUCCACAGGAUCCUCCAACCCCAGCCCGAAAAACGGAUCUCGCUCCACGAGGUUAGAGACGUUUAUAUCUUUGGGAGGUCCGACGAGGCUUUUGGCCUUCCGCGUCGAAGUCGAGAGGCAGAAGAAACGAACGGGAAAAUGGCUGGCUGA